AUGUUUGUCCUUCGUUACUUCCCUAUAACUCACCAUUGCUAUAUCAUCUCCGUAUUCACUAAACUUGCUCAGCACAAAGUCACUGAGGGAAAUCUCUGGAGGCUACAAGUUGCAGAGUCAUCAGGUAAUACGCCAGAAAAUACUUCACCAGUUAGUGACGAUAAGCCUGAUGAUCACAAGCUUACUAGUCCUGUUCCAGGGGAUACUGACAGUCCCACAGGAGCUGUUAAUGGAGUAAAGGGGGCCAUUAAAGCAGCCACACCCAAACUAAGUGCCGCAGCAGAUCCCUUCUUCCUGGACAUGGAUGAUACCCCAUCUUCAUCAAAACCUGCAAAUAAAGGAGUUCAGAGUUUAAUGGAAAGGUUUAUGAAACACACAUCAAAGCCACAAGAUAAAUCUGUGACUCCAGGGCGAUCUACUGAUGCAAACAAUAAUCAAACAGAUGUGAUAAACACUGAGGGCACACCAAAACCUAGAGGAGUUAUCUCUGUUGAUGGUGUGUCAAAUAAAUCUUACACGUACAGUGAACUCAGUACAUCAGUGAAAAACUUUGCAUCAGCCGUAGCAAAAAGGGGUUUCAAGAAAGGUGACGUGUUUGCGCUUUAUCUUCCAAAUGUUCCCGAAUACCCAAUUUUGUUCUUUGGCAUCAUCGCCCUUGGAGGUGUUGCAACAACUUUAAAUCCAACAUUCACAGGAAAAGAGAUUGCCUACCAGCUAAAAGACUCUGGUGCUAAAUAUAUUAUAACGGUGCCAGCCAUUGCUGACAAAGCCAAGCAGGCAGCAGCAGAAGUUGGGAUAAAUCAAGUCUUUGUAAUUGGUGAAGCUGAAGGUUGUGAACCACUUACAUCACUCCUCAGUGAUGAUGGUACAGCCUUUCCAGACGGUGUGCCAAUCAAUCCUAAAGAGGAUGUGUGUGUCAUGCCGUACUCCAGUGGCACAACUGGCUUUCCUAAAGGGGUCAUGCUGACGCAUCAUAACUUAGUGUCUCAGUUGUGUAUGAUAAUGCACAACAGUUUCAGGUCUCAUCCAUUGCGAGGAACUGUUCUGGGGCUUCUGCCUUUUUUCCACAUUUUUGGUAUGAUGGUUGUUAUGGUACAGUUUCUCCAACGUGGAGGGAAGAUUGUUUGUAUGCAGCAGUUUGAUGGUGACCACAUGCUGAAGCUUAUACAGGAUUUUAAGAUACAUUGUUUGUAUCUUGUGCCACCAAUUAUCACAUUUUUAGCCAAGCAUCCAUCUGUGAAGAAUUAUGACCUGACAAGCAUUGACACCAUCAUCAGUGGUGCUGCACCUCUUGGUAAAGAACUAACCCAUGCAGUGAGGAAAAAUCUUCCCAGUGUGGUCGCUCUUGGACAAGGGUAUGGUCUAACAGAGACAAGCCCGGCAGCAAUGCUUUGUCCUCGGAAUAGCUGCAAGCCUGGUGCUGUAGGAGUUAUGUUGCCAAACCUUGAAGGAAAGGUGGUUGAUGUUCAGACUGGUGAACUUCUUGGGCCAAACCAAGAUGGAGAAGUGUGCAUGAGGGGACCCACUGUUAUGAAAGGCUAUUUGAAUAAUGCAAAAGCUACAGCUGAGAGUAUAACCUCUGAUGGAUGGUUCCACAGUGGUGACACAGGCUACUAUGAUGAGGAAGGACAUUUUUACAUUGUAGACAGACUUAAAGAGCUCAUUAAAUACAAAGGAUUUCAGGUUGCACCAGCAGAACUAGAAGCUCUUCUUCACACCCAUCCAAACAUUCUGGAUGUUGCAGUGGUUGGUAUCCCUGACGAUGAGGCUGGAGAGAUUCCUAAAGCUUUCAUUGUCCCAAAAGGAGACAUCACAGAGAAAGAGAUCAUUGAUUUUGUCGCUGACAAUGUUUCACCACAUAAAAAGCUUAGAGGAGGCGUGGAGUUUCUUGAACAGAUUCCCAAGACAGCCAGUGGCAAAAUAUUGAAACGAGAGCUGAGGAAAUAACUGAAAUCAUGAAAUACAAAUACAGAUUGUUAACAAUGUGGACCGUAGUUGACUGUCAAUGUGAGUUGUCAAUCACUUGUGAUCAUAAUUUACAGGCAAGUGAGGUAGUGACAUUGCUCAGGCCAGAAAACAAGUGAACUGCAGAAGGGCUUACAGGCAACUUAUUGAGUUACUUACUUAACUCAAUUGUCAAAUUAUGAAGAGUUGGUUAGCUGUGUUUCAAAUUAAGUAAGAUAAGAUUUAGUGCAAGUCCACCAACACAAUCAGAAUUCUUGGACAGUGUCUCUUUUUCUCUUGAAGAAAUUUAAUACAUAAUUUGUCGAUCAUGUGAACAUAAAAAAUUGUAAUGAGUAGACGUAAAAACUCCCAACAAUUGGGAGAAUGCAGGUUACAUUUUUCAUGCCAUAGUAAAUAAUAAGAAUAAUGACUUUAAACAAGAUAAUAUGGUAAAUAUUUUUUAGUAUGCAGUACAUGUGCAGAGACAUCCAAUUCAGUCAUUCUUGGCAUUGUGCAUUAUGUCUUGAAAUCACUCAUUAAUGAAUUUAUUAUUAGAGAUGUAUUUAAAUGUACAACAUUGUGAAUAAUUACCUAUUGGUACGCAUUUUGGAAUAAAAAGUACUUUAAACAAAUUAAGUGUUAAUUCAAAUUUUGUUGAGCAGUUGCUAUCACUGGAACAUUAAUGAGAUCUUAACCUCCUUUUUAUGUUUUUUUUUUUAUUGCCCCCU